GUUAUCCAAUUCAUUCAUAGCUGCCUCCAUAAAAACUGCCAAAAAUCUCACAAUCCACCAAAAUCCUCUCGCAAAUUCACACUAGAUUCGAGCGGAAAGCUUUGAGGAAUCGGCUACGCUAAAUCUCGAAUUGAGGUUGAAAGCUAGCAAGGAUUCAUGGCGGUGGAAAUUCCAACGAAGGCCGGCGGAUUGAUGGUGAAUCCUCAGCAGAAUCCGGUGGCUUUGGUGCAGGCCAAGCUGAAGGAGGUAGAGUUGAGGUUCAAGGGGUGGCUGGAGAAGCAGUCUAUCCCGGUUGAGGCCGCCGUCGUCACCGUCACCAGCGCCGCCCAAGGCGCCGCUAUUGGCGCCAUCAUGGGAACUAUCUCCGGCGGAGAGGGGUCCUCGCUCCUCAUGCCGCCUCCGAACGCUGCUAUUAGUCCAGAUGCUAUGGCGUCGCUCAAGCAGGCUCAGGCUCUUGCUGGAGGUCCGUUCGUACAAGCUCGGAACUUUGCUGUCAUGACAGGUGCAAAUGCCGGUAUUUCGUGUGUCAUGAAAAGAUUGAGAGGCAAGGAUGAUGUUCAAACCAGUAUGGCUGCAGCUUUUGGAUCCGGGGCUUUGUUUUCGCUAGUAAGUGGUAUGGGUGGCCCGAAUCCAGUAGCAAAUGCUCUUACAUCUGGUCUUUUCUUUGCACUUGUUCAAGGUGGAAUUUUCCAGAUUGGACAGAAGUUUUCACAACCACCUGCUGAAGAUUUAAAUUAUGUGAAAACGAGAUCGAUGCUGAGCAACCUUGGCCUGCAGAACUACGAGAAGAAUUUUAAGAGAGGACUGCUGACAGAUACCACUCUGCCAUUGAUAACUGAUAGUGCUCUCAGAGAUGUGAAAAUACCUCCUGGUCCAAGAUUGCUCAUUCUGGAACACAUAGAGAGUGUUAUCAGGGAGCCUGAGUUCAAAGACAGGCGAAAGGCAAAGGGGCCUCGUUGAAGAACUUCUACAACGACACUGAUUGCGAAGGUAUUUGAUUGCGUUGCUAGAGAAUAGUAUGUUUUCUAAGAGACAGAGAAGGUGAGAAUUUUGCUCCCUGACAAUGUUAUGUGGUAGAUUUUUUAUAUUUGGGAUCUUAAUUUGAAAAAUAAUGAUUUAAUUGAAAGCUACAUCUA